AAGCUGUCACCGUGCUUACUAAACAGCUGUUGAGAACAACAACAAAAGAAAACGCUUGUGUUCCAAAAUUUUACGUAAUUUCUAUUGUGAUUUGCCGUUGAUAGCUAGGAAUUGUGUGAAGAGGAAAACAAAAGAAAAUGUCGCUAAUCCGUCAGGCAUUAGCGCGCACAGCGCCCACCAUGCAGUUCACGGCACGCCGCUGGGUCUCGUCGCAAGAUGGGGGUCCAAUUGAUCCAAGCACUGCGCUAGCACGUCCAGACGAGUUGGAGCAACGCAAUAAGUUGAGUGGCAAAAUAACCGUACCCGUCGAAGUUAAUCUGGCCCCCAUUUCCGGAGUGCCCGAGGAGCAUCUGAAAGAUCGUCGCGUUCGCAUUCAUAUGCCACCCAAAAAUGCAAUGCAGAGUGGAACGGACAAUAUAAACACUUGGCAAAUUGAAUUCGACAAUCGCGAACGCUGGGAAAACCCCCUCAUGGGCUGGGCAUCAACUGGCGAUCCAUUGUCGAAUAUGAAUGUGAAAUUUGGCUCCAAAGAGGAAGCCAUUACAUAUUGUGAACGCAACGGCUGGCGCUGGUUCCUCGACGGCGAUCUUAAGCCCAAAAAGGAGCGCGUUAAGAAUUAUGGCAUCAAUUUCUCAUGGAAUAAGCGCACACGCGUCUCCACCAAGUGAAGCACUGCCAUCAAUGCGAAUGCGAUGCAGUUGCUUCAAUUGACAGCGAACAUUGGCGCUUUAUAAAUAAUUUAAUUGCUAUUAAAACUAUUAACAAUUCAAA